AAACAAGGCAUGCCCUUCAAGGUUCAACAAAUUUCAACGACUCGUCGUUGAGUAAAUGAUAGUCGUUUGAUCUCUUUUUGGCUUUUCAAAGCUGGUAGUCGCCGGGUUGGGCAAAGUGAAAACCAGAGAGAUCGUCAUUCAGUAGAGAAAGAGAGACAGAGAGAAGGAGAGGGAAGGAAGCAAAUGGGGAGCCUAUAUACAUGGCUGCUGAAUUUAUUUCUCCUUAUAUCUGUCAUUGGCCUCAUAGCAUUCCAGAUUUGAUUUGGUUUCAGCUCAUGUGCUUGACGGAUCUGGAGUUUGAUUAUAUGAACCCUUAUGAUUCAGCAUCUCGGAUAAACAUGGUUAUUUUGCCCGAGUAUUUUGUUCAAGCACUGCUAUGCCUUACCUUUCUAAUCACUGGACACUGGUUUUUCUUUCUCUUGUCCCUCCCCUACCUAUACUACAAUAUCACAUUGUACUUGCAGAGACGGCACUUAGUUGAUGUUACUGAGAUCUAUAACCAGCUGAAUCGGGAAAAGCAGCGGAGGCUUUUUAAGCUUGGCUUUCUUGUGAUUCUUUUGGUCCUUUGUAUAUUCUGGUUUCUUUGGACAAUUGGAGAAGCAUUUGAAUAAUCAGGCGUUUAGUGCUCUUGCCAAGUUUCCCUGCUGUGACAUGUUUUUUUGGUGGGGAACCAUACAAACUGUUGGGGAUUACACUCAGGGCUUCUGUAAAUUUAGCAUGAAUUUCACUUUAAUUUUAUUUUAAUUGAGUUAUUUAGCUUCCAUCAAAUUGUAUUAUAGUUUAUCCAGUUCUAAUGACUGGUCAUCUGCAAUGAUGACAAAUUAGAAACCUAGCUGAGGAGGAAGGUAGCUUUUUGUCUGGCAUAAUUAUUCAGAUUCUUCAUUUUUAUAUCAGAUAAGAUGAUCCAUCAGAUGUGCUUAGCAGUUGUUAUCUCAUGUUACUGCUCUGUUUUAAUAGAUUGAGAAGAUAGUUUUUCAUGUGUGAA